ACAUUUCUUGCAUUAUUUGCUCGCGUCGUAUCACGUUCCGAAGUGGUGUAGUAAUCUCUCGAUCGUUAAAUUCGAACGAAUCGAGGAGAUUCGAUAAUAUGGAGCCUCAAGACGUUUAUUACAACAAGGCGGAGUACGUCGAAACGGCGUCUGGCAACAAGGUAAGCAGACAGACGGUUCUCUGCGGGUCGCAAAAUAUCGUAUUACACGGGAAAGUGAUCGUGCAAUCGGACGCUAUAAUCAGGGGCGAUCUGGCGAACGUCCGGACCGGGCGUUAUUGCAUUAUCAGUAAAAAUGCGAUCAUAAGGCCACCGUUUAAAAAAUUCAGCAGAGGCGUUGCCUUCUUCCCUCUGACGAUGGGCGAGCACGUGUUUGUGGGUGAGAGGGCAGUGGUUAACGCAGCAAUCAUCGGUUCAUACAUUUACAUAGGGAAAAACGCAGUGAUCGGAAGGAGGAGCGUACUAAAAGACUGUUGCUACAUCGAGGAUGGAGCCGUGGUUCCGCCAGAGACCGUGGUGCCUUCGUUCACUCGUUUCGCUGGGAAUCCUGCCAAAUGCGUCGAGGACUUGCCUGACUGCACCCUCGAUCUAAUGCUGGAAUUCACAAAAAAUUAUUACCAACACUUUCUACCAUCCCGCGUUCAACCUACCCCGCGCGCUAUAUGUACAGAAAAACAAGUCUCGUUACACUAGCCGAUGUUCGUUGAAUCUAAUCCCGUCGAAUCGGUGAGACCGUCGUCGAUCUUAUCGUUCCGAACCUUGUCCUCGUCUGUCCAAGUUUCUCUCAUAAUUUUAUCACGAAACGACACGAUGGGGUCAGAGACGAGCAUUGGCUCAAUCUUUUUGUACCAAAGAAACUCUCCGAGGAACACGACUACGCUGAUCAGCGUUCCACAUCCCAUCGACAUCAACGCGAAAUAAGAUUCUGUGAAUCCGAUGCUGAUAUAACUCAUCUGCCCCUCGCAUUUGGGCUUCGCCGUGAACAAUCGGUACUCAGCGCGAUACUUAAGCCCAGAUUCGCGUAACAAAAGGGCUCUGAAAAUAUUCGUUCGUUGAAGGUGAUACAGGACAUUUUUUCUAUCCAUUGUUCGACGAUUGAACAGUGUGAAUUCGGCAAAAUGUUUUUGGCCAAGUCUAAUAAAAUAACAGGUAAUUAAAACUUUAA